CACUUGAGCCGCCAAUGAUUUCAAUGCUCGCCUCCCUCUCUCCCGCCCUCUUGUCCCACGCAGCCAGCGGGACAGCACUCGUGGGGUCUAAGGCGGCUGAGGUGGGAGGGAGGGUCGAGUUUGACUCACCCAACGCCCCAGACCCCCGGGGGCUCCCUUCAAGGGAGCACUGCUCGCCCCUCUGCGUAUCAUUAGACCUCUGCCCUCCACGGCGUGCGCUGAGAGGCGGCAGCGACUGCCCGCGCUUCGUCCUUCCGCUCUUACCGCCGAGCUCCCCUCAGCGCCCAGCGCCGCCACACUCCGUGGCCUGACCGCGUCCCCUCGGCGGCGGCAGCAGCGCGCAGUGCCUGGGCAGACCGGGGCGAGGCUUGGGGACGGCGGGUCCCUCGGCGUGCAGCAGAGGGCGCCCCACAUUCCGCCAGAGCGGGGCCGGGAGGAGCCUCCGGCGCGGCGCGGCUUGGCUUGGCCGGGGAAGAGGGAGGGAGCUGCCACGUCCUCUGAGCCGAGCGGCCAGGGAAGCCAGCCCGCGCCUCAGCCCCACGUGUGCGGAGCGGGGAAGUUGCCGGCGGCAAGCGCGGACCGUGCCCGUCCUCAGCCGCUGUCGGUCUUUUCCCUUCCUUCGGUUUCUUGCACAGCCAGCCACUUGGAGGAGAAGGAAUUCUGCAACCCUUCAUUUUAAGAGACCUUGGACUAUUUGCUGCUGUUCGACUCCCUUCACCCUCACCUGUUUCAGUGAACAAAAUAUCCUAAGGGGAGGAUGAGGCAGCUAAGAGGAAAACCCAAAAAAGAAACCUCCAAAGACAAAAAGGAGAGAAAACAGGCCAUGCAAGAGGCCCGGCAACAAAUAACAACUGUCGUGCUUCCCACGCUGGCUGUCGUAGUACUGCUGAUUGUUCUAUUUGUUUAUGUAGCAACUCGUCCAAAUACAACUGAAUGAUGCAGCUUUUCAGACUCUGUGGCUUUGGGGUAUUAACAAUUUUACCAAGAGCCAGAAGGAACUCUUCUCUGCCACUCUUUAAGUAUUUUACAAAGGAACUCGCUGGCAUUUUCAGUCUUUCUCUUGGUUAAGGUCCCAGAGGUUCUCCUGGGGAAUGUAACCUAAAACGUAUUAGUGAAGGUGCCGGUGCGUUUUAUGGUGCGGCUCAUGUGCCUUUCAGACUUUAAACCAGUGUUUUUCUUAGCUCUGUUUGAAGCUCUAUAUUGUACAAGGAAAUCGUGUUCUGCUAUAAAUUUGUAUCACACACACACAAAAAUAAUUAAAUCAUCUUUCAGCUUUUAUCACUGUCAGAGAGUAUGUUGCUCCCACGAGCUCUUGUAUGUCUAUUUCACAACUUCCAAAGAAGUUAAUGUUCCUUCUUUGUACUUUAACGUCGUAUGAAGUGCUUUGAUUCAGAAAGGAUAUAUUUAUUUUUUUGAAUAAAAGAGAGAAGUCUUA